GGUGUUUAUUCUGAGGUUUUAAGGUUCAUUUCAUUUAGAGAUGACUCUGUCUAAUCCAUUCAUUUUGAUGAUUAUUAUUCAUUUAAGUUUCUCUCAGUCAGUGAAAGGAAAAGAAUGCGUGUGCGAUCUGAAAGAUUUAGAUCCUCCUUUUCCUAUGAAUGAACUAAUAAAUGUAGAGACCACUGCUUUACAAUGCAUUGAGACCAUCACUUCAGAAAAGAUGACAGACUUAGACAGGCUUAUGCUGGGUCUACAACAACGCAUCAAGCAGGUGGAGGAAAACGUGAUCGCGCUAGAAAAGGAGGAUGACAGGAAUCUGUAUGGAGCCGUGUCUCUGCGCAUCAUUGAGUUAGAGAUCGCCGAGAUUCAGGACCUCCUCGACAAACUCAACAGGACCACCCAAAAUUACCAGCAUCUCAGUGUACAGACAGCAGCUCAGCUUGAAGCAAUGAAAGACACAAUGGUGGAGUUGGAGAAGUUUGACAAAAUGCAAGUAAUUAAGAGAAAUAGAGAGAGACACAUCAAGAAGAACUUGGAACAGUGUAAAAAAGAGCUCAAGGCUACAGCGGCACCUCCUACAGUUUUCUCAGGUCGCUGUGGUCUGGGCCGUGUGGUCAGUGUGGCGGGACCUAGAACGUAUUCCCUCACGGUAUACAGCACCUCCUAUACUUACGGUGCUUGGGGUCGAGAUGCAAAGCCGGCUCCAGGAGGCGAGAACAAGUACUGGCUGGUGGUGCUGUCAAGUAGUAAUGUAUAUGGCCACUUUGUUCGCCAGUACAGUACCUUGAGUACUCUUUUAUUAGGUAUAGGACCAACAGAUACAUAUAUAUCAAGCACCAACCCCACAACAAAUACAAUUCAGGGGCCAAACAUGGUAAUGUACGGCAAUGCGCUCUACUAUAACUGUUACUACACAUACUCCGUCUGUCAGUUCAACAUGACGACUCGUGCUGUCAGUACUGUUGCUUUACCCAAUGAUGCAGGUUACAACAACAAGUUUCCUUUCGCACAUCUCGGCACAACAUACACCUAUACAGAUAUGGAUUUUGCCACAGAUGAAUCAGGCGUCUAUGUUAUAUACGCAACCACAAGCAACUUUGGAAAUGUGAUUAUCAGUAAAGUUGAGACUAGUAACCCUCCUGUUUUCAACCAAACAUGGUCCACUUCUCUUCACAAAAGGACUGCCACAAACACCUUCAUGGUGUGCGGUGUGCUUUAUGCUACUCGUUACCUAGAUAAAGAAACAGAAGAGAUCUUUUACUCUUAUGACACCCAAACAAAAGAAGAGCGAUACGAUUUGAGAAUUCACAUUAAGAAGAUGCAGACUAAUAUUGAGUUUCUAAACUAUGACCCCAGAGAUCAUCUGCUGUACGUCUACAGUGAUGCCUACAUUCUAACUUAUGAGCUCAUCUUUCAGUAAGUCUCCAAUGAACUUGAACAAUGCGCUUGUAAUCAAUCGCUAUAGAAACAAACCUGGGUAACUAUGGAGACAAACAAGGCAGCAAAGGAAACAAAGGCAAACAAGUCAAGUCACCUUCAUUUAAGUUAAGUUAAGUUUAGUUUAUUGUCCUUUCGGAAAUUCUUUUUGUGUCUGUGUCACCCUUCAGUCAUCACUAACACCAAAUGACAAAUACAGACAAACAUCAAAAAUACCUAACCAAAAGUACCUUACAAAAUACAACAGACAACAACAUUCCUCUCGCAACAGCAAAAUCACUGCCAAAUAUGUCAUUUAUAUCGCGCUUUUGACAAUACAGAUUGUUUAAAGCAGCUUUACAGUGAUAAUAGGAAAUUAUUGCAACAAAGAUUGUUUUGGCUGUACAGCAGCUCUAGAAUAAAGUUAUUGUCUAGCU